UCUCAGUAAAGAACGGUUCUUUGUGCUCACAUGGUUUCGCAAAGUACAAACUCUCUAACGAGUCUUCUCAAAUGAUUAAGUUUAAGUAUUUCUUCCCCGCGAAUCAAUCACCUCAAAUAUUUGCAAAUGGCGACCUUGUAUUUAUCUCUGGUAAAUACGUUGUCGAAAACUCUGAACCUUGUUUCACCAUUGCAUACUCAACUCUUAUUGAUAACAAAAAUCCAUCCCGUGAAUUUGAUACAACUGAUCUUCCGAUAUGCAUCCCUCACUGUAUGUACUCAGUGGUUGUUAAUCACGUACCGAAAGGAGUCAAUGAAUUUAUUCAUUUUGGUGCUGAGGCUAUUGAGUAUAAUUCCGUGACCAGUAAACCUGAUGUCAAGAUGGAUUUAACAAUAAUUUAUCUUUCCCAAUAUCCAAGGUUUAAGUAUUUGGGCCCUUCAGGUUUGAAUAUUAAGCUGCGAUCUACCUAUUUUAUAUCAGGUCUUUUCAAAUUUUCUAAAAAGGAUAAUAAUGCGAAUAAUUCUGAUAAUCAAGAUAUUGAUCGCCAGCCUGAUGAUGAUAUUCCCGAUCAAAAGGUUGUAGAUUUAGAAGACGACAUAGAUUUACAAAGUGAAACUGAUGAUCUUGAAGAAGUCCAACCUAAAAAAAGAAGAAAAUCUACUGGA